GGUGGGCAACAGCAGUGGCUAUAAGGGUCUAUUUCCUUCUUUUGCAAUACUCCAGGGAUCACAAAGUCUGUGAAAACUGCAAAAACAAAAUAAGAGGAAGAGGCUGGAAUCAUAUUGCCACAGCUCUUGCACCCUAUAUAAAGGUGAACUGCAGCUCCUGAAGGCUGUCAAGAGACGCAGUUCAUGGUCUUUAAGCAGAGGCUGGAUGGCCAUCUGUUGGAGAUGCUUUGAAUGUGCCUUCUGUGUUGAAAAAAGAUCAGAGCUGAAAGUGGCUGGAUUAGAUUGGUACCCUGAAUCUUCCUGUACUUGCAACCUGUAAACUGAAGCGGCUGUGUAAUACAAGAACCAUGUUGGAGAGAACAUGUUACCGUCAGUUCAUUGAUGGCUUGCUUUGUGAAACCAGCAUGAAGGCAAAGAAGGCAGCAUUGGGAAGAGGUGUGACCAGUGAGUUAUAACUGGAGUGGACAAAAUCCUUGCUUAAGGGUGCUGAAUUUUUAAAAAGAAAAGAAAAAGAUAAUAUCCAUCAUGGUAAAGAAGAAGAAGAAAUGUGAAUUGGAAAUUAUUAUGGAUAAUGUUGGAAUAGAGAUUGAUGGACAAGUGGAAAGUGACUCAGAGAGUGAAGAUGAGGAGGAGAAUGAAAAGAUAACCAGGAGGCAGAAUACAAAGGAAAUGGCAAAGGCAAAGAAAAAACAACCUGACGAGAGGGAUGCUGAUGAUGAAAGUGAAGAAGAGGAAGAAGACAGUCCCAGGAGGAAAAAAACAAAUAGGAAGAAAAAUCAGAAAGCAGGUGCUAGCGGGGGAGGAGAAAGUGAAGAAGAGGAAACAGUAACGGGGAAGGAAAAGGCAGUCAAAAAAAUCCCCCAUAAAGAGCAAAAGGAAGUUGAAAACAAAGACAAACAAUCAAACAAGAAAGCAAAGGGAAAGGAUAAAAAGAAGAAAAACGUCACUGGGAGUUCUUUCUCAUCUGCUUCCAGCUCUUCAGAUGAGGAGUCUUUAUGUGAAGAAGAACUAGCCAGACUAAAGGAACAGGUGGAAGAAAAGAAAAAACUCAUAUCUGUUAUGAGAAACAAACCCUGGCGGAUGGCAAAGAAAUUACACAUGCUGAGGGAGGCUCAAGAUUUUGUGGAAAAGUUUGAAGGAGCCUUGGGAAAGGGCAAAGGAAAAAGGUUAUAUGCCUAUAAAAUGAUGAUGGCUAAGAAAUGGGUCAAGUUUAAGAGAGAUUUUGACAAUUUUAAGACACAAUGUAUACCCUGGGAAAUGAAGAUAAAAGAAGUGGAAAGUCAUUUUGGAUCUUCAGUUGCCUCUUAUUUCAUAUUUCUGCGAUGGAUGUAUGGAGUAAAUCUGGUCCUGUUUGGACUAAUAUUUGGAUUAGUUAUAAUUCCAGAGAUACUAAUGGGAGCACCAUAUGGAAGCAUACCCAGAAAAAUUGUACCCAGGGCUGAACAACCAAAAGCUAUGGAUUUUUCUGUUCUUUGGGACUUUGAGGGCUAUAUAAAGUAUUCUGCUCUUUUCUAUGGCUAUUACAAUAACCAACGGACAAUUGGUUGGCUAAAGUACAGGCUACCAAUGGCAUAUUUCAUGGUUGGUAUUGUCGGUGUAUAUGGAUACAGCCUGAUGGUGGUAAUAAGAUCGAUGGCCCGCAAUGCCCAUGAAGACACAGGAGAUGGAGAUGAUGCCAAUUUCAUUUUUAGCUGGAAAAUGUUCACUAGUUGGGAUUACCUCAUAGGCAACCCAGAAACAGCAGACAACAAGUUUGCAUCUAUCACAACUAGCUUCAAGGAGUCUAUUGUGGAUGAGCAAGAAAGCAACAAAGAUGAGAAUAUCCAUCUGAGAAGAUUUCUGAGGGUUUUGGCCAAUGUACUCAUUACAUGUUGCUUAUGUGGCAGUGGCUACCUCAUUUAUUUUGUUGUUAAGCGAUCUCAAGCAUUUUCAAAAAUGCAAAACAUUGGCUGGUAUGAAAGAAAUGAGGUUGAAAUUGUGAUGUCCUUGCUUGGAAUGUUCUGCCCUCCACUGUUUGAAACCAUUGCUGCUUUAGAAGACUACCAUCCUCGCAUUGGCCUGAAAUGGCAACUGGGACGUAUUUUUGCUCUCUUCCUUGGAAACUUAUAUACUUUCUUGUUGGCCUUAAUGGAUGAUGUCAAGGAAAAGCUGGUUGAAGAAGGUGUGAUUAGAAACAUCACACACUUGACUUCCACAUUCCACAAUGCAUCUGCAGGAAAUGGAAGUGCAGCUACUCCACCUCCCAUGGAUCCAGCAGACAUACCUCGAGGGCCUUGCUGGGAGACAACUGUCGGAAUAGAAUUCGUAAGGCUCACUGUGUCUGAUAUACUCGUGACAUUUGUAACAAUACUAGUGGGAGACUUCCUCCGAGCUUGCUUUGUCAGAUUUGUAAACUAUUGUUGGUGUUGGGACUUAGAGGCUGGAUUCCCUUCAUAUGCAGAAUUUGACAUUAGUGGCAAUGUGUUGGGUUUGGUCUUUAACCAAGGAAUGAUCUGGAUGGGAUCCUUUUAUGCUCCAGGACUUGUGGGCAUAAAUGUGCUGCGUCUUUUGACCUCCAUGUAUUAUCAGAGUUGGGCUGUUAUGAGCAGCAACGUUCCUCAUGAGCGAGUAUUCAAGGCAUCCAAAUCUAAUAAUUUUUAUAUGGGAUUGUUGCUGUUAAUCCUGUUCCUCAGUGUGUUGCCAGUCGCCUACACCAUAAUGUCUCUGCCCCCUUCCUUUGACUGUGGACCAUUCAGUGGAAAAAAGAAAAUGUACGAUGUCAUUCAAGAGACCAUCAAAAAUGACUUCCCACCCAUUGUAGCCAAGAUACUUGGUUAUUUAGCAAACCCAGGACUGAUUAUAACUGCAAUUCUACUUAUGAUUCUUGCCAUAUAUUACCUCAGUGCUGUGGCUGAAGCAUACCAAGAUGCCAACGCAGAGCUGAAAAAGAAAAUGCAAAUGCAACGUGAAGAUGAGAAAAACAAAAACAACAACAAAGCUUCUACUAGUCCUGCACCGCAAGAUCUAGACGACAUGCAUGUUCCACAUGGAAAGACCAUGGAAGAGCCUAAAUCAGUAGAAGAUAACAAUCCUGAAUCUGCCAGUCCUGCAUUGAAGGAGGCAACAAUCAGAAACAGUAAUUCUAACAACACUGCGAGAGGAGCCAUGUCAGCCCCUUCACCUCAUGUGGUAGUAACUCAGCCGCCAACUUCAAGAAUAGUGGGGGCUCCCCACUCUAAUCAACCUGGGCUUUAUCCAAGAACUGCUCAUGUUGGAAUGGGAAGGGGCAAGGCUCAAUAGCAAUUGGAUAAUGAUUGCUAGAUAGUAGUAUUUUAUUUUUGAGACUACGCUACCUUGCUGUAAUCUGUCCUGCGCUUUGAAAUGGUUAGCUAUUGGAUCCUGAUAGAGGCCUGUGUAAUUCAGUGGGUAUAAGGGUUUCUGCCACAUCCACUCCAUCCUCGUCUCCCACAACACUAGUCGGGAAACAUUGCUGAAAUGGGGUGAACUGUCAUUAAGGGGGAGAUUCACCACCAGGAAGAUACACCUUAUACAGUAUGAGAUUUGUUUGUGGGAUGUCGAUCCUGGAUUCACCCCUAUGUACUUUUACCAGUUUUAAUGCAAUUUACAUAUAUUGGAAACAUGUGUUUGCUAAUCAUUACUUCUUUCAGGUCUCUGUUUCAUACAAUGGUAUUGUGAGAGUUCACAUUUUCUAAUCAGCCUCUUUCAUUUCUGUCAUUCUUCAUUUGGACCUUCUCUAAGAUUACCAAACCCAUCAGAACUGCUUUUAGAGGUUUAUUGGGGUUAAGGUAUGUCCAGCAGUGCUCAUAAGUCUGAAAAUAUAGACUCAAGAUUAAAUCAGAGUAGUGUUUUUUAAAAAGUAAAAGCCAACUGAACUUGCUUUCAGUCAACUUUCUCAUGCCUUUUAAGAAGUAUUUAAAUAUGUUUAUGAAAACUCCAUUUCUUUUGUUGUUAAGCUGCUAAAAAUAAUCGUUUAUUUGAAGGGGAAAGUUAACUGAUUUGAUACUUAGAACAAACAUUGUGAAGUGGCUAAAAAGUUCUUGGUCUGAAAUCUUACUCCAGUCACUGCUCUCACGGUUUGUAUCCAAACUUAUGACUGUUCAUUCCAAUUAGCCCAAGACAGCAUAGCCAAAGUUAACCAAUGUUGAGAGUUGCAGUCCAACAUCGUUAGACACAAGGCCAUGAAACUUUUUAUGCUCAUUAUGCAGCUUGGAUGAGAAAAGAUGAAAACUCAAGUUAAUUGCAAGGACUGAAUGACAAGGAACAAACACCAUUAUGUAACAAAUAAAGGUGAGAACUGGAGUGGUGCAGUGAUUUAAAAGUAUUGGACUUUGACUCUGGAGAACAGGAUUCAAAUCCCCACUUGGCCAUGGAAACAACCUGGAUGACAAUGGGCAAGUCAUAAACUCUCAGUCUCAUAGGAUGAGUCGUGUCUUCUCCUGAUGUGACCAAAGUACGACAGCCUCAGUUUAGUCACAUUUGCCUCCAGGGCUAUUUCAGGGUUGAUCUGCUCUAGGACCCACCUAUUAGUUCUUUUUGUUGUCCAUGGUAUCCUCAGCAGUCUACAGCACAUACCAGGUGCUGUAGGCUAUAUGAGUAUUCCUUGCAUAAGAAACCCCUAUGAAAUUCCUGAAGUUACUGUAAGUUGACAGGUGACUUGGAAGGUGUACACAAACACACACACAUUUGAAUGUAAGCCUGCUUCUGCAAAAGAAUUCACAGAACACAGAGAAAUAGCAGAGCCCUCUAAAGCUGAAAUCCUGAACGCCUUGCCUUGGGACUAUGUUCCAUUAAACUCAGUUUAAUGUUCCAUUAAACUCAGUUAUGUAAACCUGAUGGGAGCUAAUGUUCUCGGUUUAGAAUUCUUUAAAAAUCCUAUUAAAUGCUUUGUUACCAGAACAUUUUCUGUGCAUUUUGUUUCAGGACAAUAGAUGAAUUAAUUUUUACUAUUUAAGGGGGGGUAUAUAUUUUAAAUCUUCCCUAGUGUGAAAUUGUGCUGCUGUCUUUUCUAGGAUCAUCUUACAAUGAUAUAUAACAUGCACUUUGAAUGGCAAUUGAAGCAAUAACUUCAAUAUGGUUCAAAAUGGAAAGACCACAGCAUCCUCUCUACUUUUGCA